AUGCGCAACUCCGAGCAAUAUCGGACCCGACCGGCAGCGCCUGUCACCAGCCUGCGACGUCCCCGGGCCCGCCGACUGCUACAGCGCCUUUCACCUCGGCAGCAGAAGAGUCACGAACCCUGUCAUGCCCGUGGCGCGCCCGGCUUUGGCCCACUCGAGGCAUUCAGAAGCGCGGGCUCAGCGAUCGGACCAUUCCACUUCUUGACGCCUGCUGACUGGGAACCGAUUGAUGACAUUGGGCAGAUUGCCUAUGACAUGGGGGCGUGGGCAACAAACGCCGCUGGGCGGGCCCAGAACCGCCGCGCCCCCCCUGGUCAUUCUCCGCGCCCUACCCUCCUCUACAUAGUACUGAGCGCUCCUAUUCUCUGUUCCAUGUUGAUGCGGAUACCCUCUUCCCUCAAGUACCAUAGUUGGUGUUCCAAGCCUUGCUGCUCCAAAGCUACCGGCAACACUUCAAGAGGCGCACAUACUUUGGCCGUCUUUUUUCUCGAUCGAGAUCAACACGGCACCGUCCUUGAACCAACGAACGCCCUCCACCUCUCGCCGCUUGAGGCGACGGCACGGGCUUUUAUUUUGGCUGCGCAAUUUGCCCGUGCCAUGGGCCUUCAUUUGCGGCACGGGGUACCGACCGAAAAUUCAGUAACAUGA